CAGGUCCGAAAGUCAACCCAAACGAAGACUCUUCGUAUAAAGUUUGAGAAAAGACAGCACUAUGACAGAAGAAUUAUAUAAGGCAUCAACUCGUUCGAUCCACGUCCCCAGUAGCGACAGCAGUGACGACGAGAGCAGCAGUGMCGACGAGAGCAGCAGUGAGAGUAGUGUCAGUGUAGAGAAUACCCAUGACGAAGUCACCGAAACUAAGAAAGAUAUUGGAGGCGUCGACAAGCCAGAAGAUGACGAAUGGGUUGGAGUUCUUCCUCCCCCAGAAGAAGACCAAGGACUUUCGGAGCCCCCAGUAAUCGAGAGACGCUUCGUUGGCGAGGAGAAAACUGAGGACGACGCCCCCGGUGAUGAGGCACCCAAAGAGGAUGAAGGAUUCCAGCAGCCAUACAAGGAACGACAAAUUACUAGAGACGAGAUGGGUGAAGAACCAGACUUUGCUCACUACAAGACCAACGUUGCGGAACGCCUGUGGAGAGCAAACAAAGCAGCCAACAAUGAGGGGCUCACAGCUAGUCCAGAUAUGGUGCCUAUGGCGCGAGAGUACCAAGAGUGGCGGCAAAAAAUGGCCCUUUUAAACAGAUACAUUGCCGAUUAUCAAUCGGCGAUGCAAGAAGUGUCGGAGAAACGGAAUAAGGUAAGCAAUUUAUCUUUUUUUGAUCAUUCGGCCGCACCGUGAUGACUAUUUGUUGAACUGAAGAGUGUUCGAAGUUGUUUAAUCUUCACUGAUCAUUUUUUUUAUUCUUUCGUCAUCACUCUUGACAUCAUUUUCAAAAACGAAAAUUGACUCGUUAAAGCUUAUUGAGCAUUACGCACUUUUGACCAAAGAUACCCCGCUGUGGAGCCAUGUUGGACAGCCUUUGACUCCAGAACAGUUGGCUGCCGUUGCAGAAGAUGAAGAUGCGGAGCCAGCCGAGGACGUUGAAACGCGAACAAAAGCAAUCGCACAGGUUGCCGAGGAUAUUGGGCCCGGAACUCUAAUGGCAUACCAACAGCUAACAAGAAUGCACGAUGAAUUGAACCAAAAGGAUUAUCAAACACAUAUUGCGGCAUACAUAGAUGAGUGGGACGAAGUGGUAACAUCGAAAUUGGACAAAGAUGUGAAGGCAGUUCACGACCUCGGAAAAAAGCGAGAAUAUUAUAUUAAUAAAGUUGAUAAGCUCCGUGAGAAAGUCAACAUAAUUGAACGGAAAGGAAAACAGCUUGCACCGAAAAAAUUAGCGGAUCAAUUAGAUCGCAAUGAGAAAAAACUUCUCGAUGCUGAUAAAGCUUACGAGAGAAAGGCCAACGAUGUAAGUGUAUCGUUGUUUGAAGCCACCAGAAGAAGCUGGGUUGACUUGUACCCGGUCAUGAAGAACGUGAUGAAGUUUGAGAUCAAUCGAAUCGGUCGAGAAAGUUCAACGUAUGGCAAUUAUCACGCCACUUUGGCUGCGUUGAAAAAUGAUUACAAGGUAGCAACGGCGAAUACUGUGGACGCUCCAAACGCUGGAAGUGCUUUAUAGAUCGCGAAUCACUGUGGCACAAACUCGCACAAAACCACCAACGCACACAACCUAUAUACAACCAGAUUAGUUAAAUUCGUAAUAGUCGAUCGGUAAUGAAUGUUUUUUAAAAAG